UUUGUCUCCCCACACCCUGCACUGGCCACUGUCUCUCACCUGGGCUCUACCGGCACUUCAAACUGUGCUAGUCUUUGCAAACUCUUCUGGUAGAAGUCACCCCACGUUCCUAAACACCUCAGCACCAGGACUGGGAGGGGCCCAGAGAUGAUACCUCUUUCCCUGUCCCUCCUCGGGACCACCACUUGGGACCCCUAGACAGAAGGCUUCUGGUGUUCUUACCCUGCUGUGUCUCCCACAGCCGGAAUGAGCGAAGGGUUCUGGUCGGGUGGUGGCACCAGCUGUUCUUUGAACAUUACAGAGUCACCGUGACUGACAUUGAGAAGGAGCUGAUUGAGCUGAGAGAAAGCCAGGAGCGAGGCAAGGCAGCCAUGGAGAACUCAGUCUCUGAGGCCUCUCUUUAUCUUCAGGAUCAGCUGGACAAGCUCCGAACGAUCAUCGAGGGCAUGCUGAGCUCCUCCUCCACGCUGCUGUCCAUGAGCAUCACCCCGCACAAGUCCGCAAGCACCCUGUUGCCCGGCCAGCUCGAUCCCGAGGCCACCUGUCCUGCCUGCAGUCUGGAUGUGAGCCAUCAAGUCAGCCUGCUGGUACAGCGCUAUGAGCAGUUACAGGACAUGGUCAGCAGCCUGGCUGCCUCCAGGCCCUCCAAGAAGGCCAAGCUGCAAGGUCAGGAUGAGGAACUGCUGGGCCAUGUGCAGAGUGCCAUCCUGCAAGUCCAGGGCGACUGUGAGAAGCUCAACAUCACCACGAGCAACCUCAUCGAGGACCAUCGGCAGAAGCAGAAGGACAUUGAGGUGCUGUACCAGGGGAUAGAGAGGCUGGAGAAGGAAAAGGCUGACAGAGAGCACCUGGAGAUGGAGAUUGACGUGAAAGCCGACAAGAGUGCUCUUGCCUCCAAAGUGAGCCGGCUCCAAUUUGACGCCACCACGGAGCAGCUGAACCAUAUGAUGCAGGAACUGUUAGCCAAGAUGAGCGGACAGGAGCAAGACUGGCAGAAACUUCUUGACAAGCUCCUGGCAGAGAUGGACAGCAAGCUGGACCGCCUGGAGCUGGACCCGUUGAAGCAGAUGUUGGAGGAUCGUUGGAAGUCGCUGCGGCAGCAACUCAAAGAGCGCUCUCCACUCUACCAGGCGGACGAGGCGGCAGCCAUGCGGAGGCAGCUCUUGGCUCAUUUCCACUGCUUGUCGUGUGACCGCCCCUUGGAGACAGCUGUGACUGGACAAGUCAUCUCUAUGACCCCCAUAGUUCCCAGCAUGCCGGGGCACCGUUCUAUCCGGCCUUACACUGUGUUUGAGCUGGAGCAGGUCCGACAGCAGAGCCGCAACCUGAAGCUGGGCGGCAACCUCCCUCGGGGUGAUCUGUCCCAGAUGGAAAGGAGCGUGGGGCGCCUGCGCAGCAUGCACUCCAAGAUGCUGAUGGACAUCGAGAAAGUGCAGAUCCACUUUGGAGGCUCUGUGAAGGCCAGCAGCCAGAUGAUCCGAGAGCUGCUGCACGCUCAGUGCCUGAGCCACCCGUGCUACAAACGGGGGGUAGAUACGGCAGAUUACACCUACUCAACCGUACCCCGUCGCUGUGGGGGCAGCCACACCCUCACCUACCCCUACCGCCGGAACCGCCCGCAGCACCUGUCCCCGCUGGAGGAGAUCCAAAUUGCCAUGAAGCACGAUGAGGUUGAUAUCUUGGGCCUUGAUGGGCACAUCUACAAGGGACGGAUGGAUACAAGGCUGCCAGCGAUCCUAGCCAAAGACGGCCCAGGAAUGACAAAGCACAAAACGAAACAGCUGCAACAGCUGCAGCAGCUGCAGCAGCUGCAGCAGCUCCAACAGCUCCAGCAGCUCCAGCAGGCCCAGCAUGCCCGGCCCCACUUGCACAGGCAGCCUUCCCUGAGCAGCAGCAGCCUGCUGCCCUCUCGGCCUCAGAGCGCACAGAUGUUGGCUGACAGCAAUCCAGUUUCUUCAGGGCAAAAGAAAGACAGACCAGUCUCCACUGAGGGGCGUCUCUCCAGCCCCCCACACAUGGCAAACCUGCAUGGCAGCCAGUCUGAGCUGAACUUGCACAUGGAUGUCCCCCCGGGGGAAGGGCUGGAGGAGCCCACCCGAGGCCCGCGCUCCACCACCGCUCACUGAACACAGGUAUAAAUAAAUGUUUGAAAAAAGGAGUUGGGUGCC